GUUCUAGCCUAGUAUAUAAGGCUGUUCCCCGGUUUCGUCUGCCUCUUCGAAUUAUAAUCGUUUACUGGCAGCUACUGUCGUUUUGCUCGUCCUACCUUACACUUCAUAUCAACGGAAUGGCAAGCAAACCACCUUACAAAGUUGCCGACAUCAACCUUGCUGAAAGUGGCCGACUGGAAAUUACUUUGGCUGAGAAAGAAAUGCCUGGGCUCAUGGAAAUGCGUAAACGUUAUGGCAGCCAUAAAGUUCUUAAAGGUGCACGUAUUGCUGGAUGUUUGCAUAUGACUGUCCAAACUGCUGUUUUAAUUGAAACUCUUACAGAGCUUGGAGCAGAGGUCCAGUGGUCUAGUUGUAAUAUUUUCUCCACUCAAGACAAUGCAGCAGCUGCUAUUGCUAAAACUGGUGUCCCUGUUUAUGCUUGGAAAGGGGAAACUGAUGAAGAAUAUAUUUGGUGUAUUGAGCAGACACUAUAUUUCAAAGAUGAUCAACCUCUCAAUUUGAUCCUUGAUGAUGGUGGUGAUCUUACUAAUUUGAUUCACACCAAAUAUCCACAAUUACUAGAAGGGAUUAAGGGUUUGUCUGAGGAAACUACCACUGGUGUCCAUAAUUUGUACAAGAUGUUAGAGAGGAAAGAACUGAAAGUUCCAGCAAUUAAUGUCAAUGAUUCUGUAACAAAGAGCAAGUUUGACAAUUUGUAUGGUUGCCGUGAAUCCCUGGUUGAUGGCAUUAAACGUGCCACAGAUAUCAUGUUAGCUGGUAAAGUAGCUGUUGUGGCUGGUUAUGGAGAUGUUGGCAAAGGCUGUGCUCAAUCACUGAAAGGUUUCGGUACCAGAGUCAUCAUUACUGAAAUUGAUCCCAUCAAUGCCUUGCAGGCUGCUAUGGAAGGAUAUGAAGUUACAACUAUGGAUGAAGCAUGUAAAAUUGGACGUAUCUUUGUAACAACUACUGGCUGUCGUGAUAUCAUUACACCAAAACACCUCGUGGAAAUGCCAGAUGAUGCUAUUGUUUGUAACAUUGGCCAUUUUGAUGUUGAAAUCGAUGUUAAUUGGUUAAAUAAGAAUUCAGUGGAAAAAGUGGUUAUCAAACCUCAGGUAAACAUUUAGUUUUAAUUAAGUGCU